UGAUGAGCUUUUAUACGUUUAUUGUAGAUUGGAAUCGAUCGAGGUUGAGGAGGUGCUCCAACUUUCGCGUAGAGUAAGUGGGGGAGGGGGUUGAACGAACCGCUGAACUGAUAACAAAUGAUAACACUGUGAUGAAACACACAGUAACUGAUGCGAAUUUUCAAUCAAUUUCUUUUUAAAAAAAUGUUUCGUUUGUGAUGUUUUUGUACGUUUAUUUCAAUUAUUACAAUCCUUCGUAAUGGCUAAAGUGUUGAAAUUCGGCCGGUGGGUAAGAAAUAACUGGAAAAAGUCGGUGUUUUUUUCAGUCGCUUGUUACUACGGAGGAAGCUUCAUAAAAACAGAAUUCGAUAAAAACUCUUUAGUGCGACAGUACAGUAAAGAGGCGGUCAAAUUUGGAGACGUUUCGUUACCAGUGUUUCAGUCACCUCGGCAUAUUUUGGUCAUAUUGAAUCCAGCCGCCAAUAAGAAGAAAGCUUUGAAAGAAUAUGAGAAAUAUUGUGCUCCUUUGCUGCACCUUUCAGGUGCAAAGAUUACUUUAUUACAGUCAUCCGAUGAAUACGGUUUAGUUCAGUUAACUAAAGCUAUAUCCGAAGAUGUUGAUGCUGUUGUUGUUGCCGGAGGAGAUGGGGCUAUAUCAGAAGUGAUCACAGGAAUAUUUUACCAGAAAAUGAAUAAUUCCCUUUCGUUAGAUGUACCAUUGGGAAUUAUACCUGUCGGUCGAAGUAAUACUAUCGCUAAGAAAUUAUAUUCGGCGGGCAAUUCGACGGGUAGUGAUGCUUUGGAUAGAGUAAAGUUGAUGAUGGAUGCUACUUACUCUAUUGUCAGAGAGCUCACAUUUCCUUCAAAUGUAAUUGAAGCUCAAACCUUUGGAGAAAAGGAGAGCACUUUUAAACCGGUUUACACGCUAGGUCAUUUACAAUGGGGUGCUCUAAGGGAUGCUCGUGAAAAAAUGGAUAAAUAUUGGUACUUCGGAGGCUUCAGACAAUACGCCGCUUACGUAUUCGGUUCGAACUUUAAUUCUCCCUUUGAAAUGAAAAUCCAGUUCACGCCCCCUUGCUCUGGUUGCUCGAAAUGCUACAAAGAUCGAUUCGACAAAACUCAAAGAAAAGAGAAACCAGAAAAUAGACGAUGGUGGCAUGCUUUUGUGCCUCGAACAAGCUCUCGAGAUCCAAAAAUACCAAUCAUCAAUUACGAAACUAUUCAUAAUGAAAAUUGCGACAAAAUGGAAGAAAAAUCCAUCAAUUCUGUAGAGUUGAUAGUAUCUCCUGAAAUACUUGAUGGCACUCCAUCGCUUCGUGUACAGAUUGGUCCCAAAUCACUCAGUUACACGGAUUUUGUGAAAGAGGGCUGCUCCAGAGAACAUCCUGCUUCAUCUGCUUUGAAAAAUGACGAAUUAUAUGCACAAAAUUUAUACGUUAUUCCGAACGAAUCGCAGGAAGAAAACAGUUCCAAAUUUUCCAUUGCAGGUGAAAUUUAUGAGACAAGUCCAAUUAAAGUUUCUCUGCUACAUAAAGUUUUACCCAUGUUUUCUCCUUCUUAAUAUUGUUGUUUCUUUUUUCUUUUUUUUAUUCGAAAUAUAAGAUUCGAUUAGUGAA